AGUUCCCCCAAAUUCUCUGCACGUGUAGCCACACUUAUCAGUUCAGUCAGUAGCUGCACUCUGGUAUUCAGCCUGCGCAGUCGGCAGUGGAUUUUACCCAACGAACAUAUUGGGUUUAUAGCUACGCAUCCUGGAGCCAGGAAACAAGAGGGCUAGUGUUACUUAAGCAACGUUAGAAGCUGACAAGUUGACCGCUAUGGGUCUGUUGUCUAAGGGCACGCCGCUCUCCUGGCAAGAGACCAAGCGCUACGCAGAACACGUGAGAAAGAACGGCAUCCAACAAUUCAUCAAUCAAUAUCACCAAAUGAAAGACCGCCAAGGGGAUUACCUAAGAUGGGGUGAUGAGAUUGAAUAUAUGAUCAUAAAGCUGGAUCACGAAAAUCGUAAAGCCCGAGUCUCUCUUCGAAGCUCUGAGCUCUUGCAGAUAAUAUGUGACUCCAAAACAACAAAUCUAAGGGAGUUGCAGUCGCUCUGGCAGCCUGAGUAUGGGGAAUACAUAUUGGAAGGAACACCACGACAUCCAUAUGGAUAUCUAGUCGAACACCUGAACAUCGUUGAACAAAACAUGAAUUUUCGCCGUAAGGAGGUACAGAGCCUCCUUAAGUCAGAUGAAGUGAUUCUCUCUCUCACCAACUUUCCAAGGCUGGGCUGUUUUGAUUUUACAUCCCCCACUACCUGGGUAGAUCCUUCAAGUGCGUCCUCCCAUUCGCUAUUUUUACCAGAAGACGUCAUCACACAGAAUCAUCCGCGCUUCAAAACACUCACUCAAAACAUUCUACAGCGACGCAAAGAAAAAGUUGCUGUGAAUGUGCCUGUAUAUGUGGAUCUCAAAACUCCAAGGCCGUUUGAGGAAGAUAUGUCAAAGUACAGUGGAGAUGAAAGUUGUGCUGCAGCAGCCAAGAAAGACCACAUUUACCUGGACGCCGUGGGGUUUGGUGCGGGAUGCUGCUGCCUACAGAUAACUAUCCAGACCCGUAAUAUUAAUGAGGCUCGUGUCCUAUACGAUCACCUGACACCUCUUUGCCCUGUUAUGCUGGCUCUCACUGCUGCUUCUCCGAUAUUUCGCGGUUACCUGACAGACGUUGAUUCUCGAUGGGACGUCAUUGCUGCCUCAGUUGACUGUCGCACGAGGGAAGAAAGAAGCUUGGAGCCUCUGAGGAAUGAAAGAUUUGUGAUACCAAAGUCCCGACAUGGAUCAGUGGAUUGUUACCUUUCAACCUGUGGGUCCAGGUACAAUGACAUUCCUUUGGUUUACGACAAGAAUAUUGAACAGCAGCUGCUGGACAAUAAAGUGGACAAGCAAAUGGCAUUACACAUCGCGCACCUCUUCAUUAGGGAUCCCAUUCUUCUCUAUUCAGAAAGAAUUCAUCAAGAUAAUGCGAAUGAAAUAGACCAUUUUGAGAACAUCCAGAGUACAAAUUGGCAGAGCAUGAGAUUCAAACUUCCAUCAGUCAACAAAGACGCUGGCUGGAGGGUUGAGUUCAGACCAUGCGAAGUUCAGCUGACUGACUACGAGAAUGCAGCUUUUGGUGUAUUCAUUGUCCUGUUGACGCGUGCUAUCCUUUCUUUCAACCUCAAUAUGUUAAUUCCUAUCUCCAAGGUAGGUUGUUAUGGUGGAAAUGGGUUUCAAUCGGAGUACGAUAUGUUUUCCUCAAGCACCGUGGGCAUCAGCAUUCAGCACCGGCGAGAGGAGUUAGUGCCGUUCCACCCUCUCUAA